GGCGUUUCUAUUCCUUCUCUUUUCUUCUCCCUUUCCGCUCCCUUCCUCUCCUGCACACCUCCUCGCGCCGCUGCAACUGCAAAUUCCAAUCUGUUCUCGCCUCUAGUCAGCUCACAUCUCUCGCCGCCGCCUCCCUUCCCCUCCCAGCCGAGCUGCCUCUCGGGUUUCGCGUUGAGUUCCCACCUCUGCCUCACUCGGCUGGGGCAACUCGCCCGUUCGUUCACUACACCGGGGCAGCGUAAGGCGUCGGUGGCGGCGGCGGCCCAGCUGUAGCCGGAGGCAACUCUUUUGGCGGGUGCUUCAGGGAUUCAUAGGAAGGGAGCCCCGUCGGCGCGCCACGGUAGCCAUGUCGCAGACAAACUGGGAGGCCGAUAAGAUGCUGGAUGUUUACAUAUAUGACUAUUUUAUGAAGAGAAACUUGCAGGCAACUGCAAAGGCCUUCCAAGCAGAAGGGAAUGUCUCUUCAGAUCCAGUUGCAAUUGAUGCACCUGGUGGAUUUCUUUUUGAAUGGUGGUCAGUUUUUUGGGAUAUAUUCAUAGCUAGAACCAACGAGAAGCACUCGGAUGUUGCAGCAUCAUACAUUGAGACUCAGCUUGUGAAAGCCCGGGAGCAACAGCAGCAGCAGCUGCUGCCUCAACAGCGGCAGCAACAACCACAGCAUAUACAAAUGCAACAAAUGUUAGUACAAAGAGCCGCGCAGCAGCAACUACAGCAGCAACAACACCAACAACAGCAACAGCAGCAGCAGCAGCAGCAGCGUAGAGAUGGUUCUCAUCUUCUUAAUGGUACUUCAAGUGGACUUUCUGGAAACAAUCCAUUAAUGCGACAGAACCAAAGUACUGCAAAUGUUAUGGCGACGAAAAUGUAUGAAGAGAGGUUGAAGUUGCCUUCCCAGAGAGAGUCUUCGGACGAGGCAUCAAUAAAGCAAAGAUAUGGAGAAAACGCUGGACAGCUACUUGAGUCAAAUGAAACUUCACUGUUGAAAGCAGCUGCAAGUGGACAGUCUUCAGGGCAAAUUUUGCAUGGUACUAUUGGUGGUUUGCCGGGCACUAUGCAACAAAUUCAGGCCAGAAGUCCCCAACUUCCUGGGCUUGCUCAGCAGAGUAUCAAAACAGAGAUGAAUCCCAUUUUGACACCCAGAGCCGCAGGCCCUGAGGGGUCAUUUAUGGGUCUACAAGGAUCUAAUCAAGCUGGAAACAAUUUGACUCUGAAAGGAUGGCCACUCACGCAGGGACUUGAGCAACUUAGGUCUGGCAUUUUACAGCAAAAGUCAUUCUUGCAGAAUCAACACCAAUUGCAACAACAGAUCCAGUUUCUGACUCCACAACAACAGCAGCAGCUUGCAUUUCAAGCGCAGCAAAAUAUGGCUUCCCCAACAUCUAGUGAUGUUGACAGCAGAAGAUUGAGGAUGAUGUUUAACAACAGAAACAUAGUUCUUGGGCGGGAUGGACAGACAACCAGCGGUGGCGAUAUCAUUCCAAAUAUUGGCUCACCUAGUCAAAGUGGUGGUGAUAUAGAUAUGUUAAUAAAGAAGAAAAUUGCUCAUGCACACCAGCAGCAGCAGCAGCAGCAACAACAGCUAUUACAACAGCAAAGCAAUAGUCAACAGCAGCAACAUCAGGCUGUCUCCAGUCAGCAGUCCCAUAGCUCAAAUCAGCUUCUCCAGCAAGAAAAGCCAGGAACUGGGAAUAUGCCUGUUGAUGGGGGCAUGCCGAAUUCUUUUGCGGUCACUGAACAAACAACAAAGAAGAGAAAGAAGCCUGGCUCUUCCUCAGGUAGAGCUAAUAGUUCAGGAACUGCAAAUACUGCUGGACCGUCUCCAAGUUCUGCACCCUCAACACCUUCCACUCAUACACCAGGAGAUGCGAUGCCAGUGCCACAACUUCAGCAGAAUGGUGUUUCAGCUAAACCCUUGGUAAUGUUUGGCUCUGAUGGCACUGGAAGUUUGACAUCUACAGCAAACCCACUGGGUGAUGUGGACCGCUUGCUAGAAGAAGGCUUGGAUGAAAACGUUGAAUCUUUUCUGUCACAGGAUGACAUGGAUCCCAGGGAUUCGUUGGGCCGCAGCAUGGAUGCCAGUAAAGGUCAAUGCAUAUCUCAAGACCUACUUGUUGCAGGGUUUGGCUUUGCUGAGAUUGCAAAAGCACGUGCAAGUGCAAGUAAAGUUGUCUGUUGCCACUUUUCGUCCGAUGGUAAACUGCUUGCUACUGGUGGUCACGAUAAAAAGGUUGUUUUAUGGUGUACAGAGCCCCUGAAGCCUAAAUCUUCUUUAGACGAGCAUUCCUUUCUGAUAACUGAUGUUCGAUUUAGCCCAAGCAUGUCCCGUCUUGCUACUUCUUCCUUUGACAAAACCGUACGGGUUUGGGAUGCUGACAAUACUGAUUAUUCACUCCGUACUUUCACGGGUCAUUCAGCAUCUGUUAUGUCACUUGAUUUUCAUCCGAAUAAAGAAGAUAUUAUUUGCUCCUGUGAUAGUGACGGGGAAGUCCGCAGCUGGAGCAUAAAUAAUGGUAGCUGCCUGACCUGUGUGAAGGUCUUUAAGGGAGGUGCUACUCAGAUGAGAUUUCAACCUCGCAAGGGAAAAUAUCUAGCUGCUGCAUCAGAAAAGGCCAUUUACAUACUUGAUGGGGAGACACAAAAUGCUUGUAGAAGCCCUUUGCAGGGUCACACGAAGAAUAUUCAAUCAGUUUGCUGGGAUUCCGUGGGUGACUAUCUCGCUUCUGUCAGUGAAGAUGCUGUCAGAAUAUGGUCAUUUGCUUCUGGACAUGACGGUGAAUUUAUGCACGAGUUGAACUGCAGUGGGAACAAGUUCCAAACAUGUGUUUUCCACCCAGCUUACCCUUCUUUGCUAGUCAUUGGUUGCUACGAGUCUUUGGAACUUUGGGACAUCAGGGAGAAGAAUGCCAUGACCUUGAACAAUGCUCAUGACGGGUUAAUUGCAGCUCUAGCAGCAUCGAGCGCAACAGGGAAGGUUGCCUCUGUAAGUCAUGACAGGCUUGUCAAGCUCUGGAAAUGACCUGUAAAAUAGAGACCGUUUUCUGUGUCGAAUUUUACAUUUUGGUGGUUAGGUUACAUAGAAAAACAGAAUGGUUUUUCAGCUUCAGACAACCACAUGACAAAAGGUAGCUAACAGAAGCCGGUUCGAGAACUAACCUGGUUUGCGUUUUGUGGUUGUGCUAGUUGUAUCCUGUAUGCGUUCCAUGUGCUUCUCAACUCUGUAACUCCUUAUUGUCAAAAAAAAACUUUGUAACUCUUUAUAGAAAUGGUUGUUUGCCUGCUAGAACAAUGAAGAUGUCAUGUUUGUGAAGUUA